UACAGCUGUCACCAGAAAUAGAUUGGGGUCUGGAUCUAUGUCUUCUGAACCGGAAAAACGGAUCAAAGAUAUCAAGGAGGACAAAAACUUACAUUACUGAAAACCUUCACUAAAAUUUAUCUCAAGACAAACAUAAUAGACCAACCUUUGGCGUUAGGAAGAUUUUCAACCUAAUAAAAUAUUUCUGAUACAGCUGGAACACAUAAGCCAUGACAGAGAUGAGGCGAAGGAGCUACAGUGUCCACAGGGAGAUCCUGGAUGAAGGAGCUGUAGAUGAGAUGGCAGAAAAGUCAGACUCAAAAACAUCUUUGUAUGAGAAGGUCAAAAGUUCAAUGAGGUGUUCUGGUCCCAGGCUGAAGAGCUGCAUGCUGGGUAGUUUUCCUGUUGUAUCAUGGCUGCCUCGGUACUCCAUCAGAGAAAACGCGCUGGGUGACCUGAUCUCUGGAAUUAGUGUGGGAAUCAUGCAGCUGCCGCAGGGUAUGGCCUAUGCUUUGCUGGCAUCUGUACCUCCAGUCUUUGGCCUUUACUCAUCCUUCUACCCUGUCCUCAUCUACUUCAUCUUCGGCACAUCCAAGCACAUCUCAGUCGGAACAUAUGCGGUGAUGAGUGUGAUGAUAGGUGGGGUGAUAGAGCGUUUAGCCCCAGACUCGAACUUCAUGAUAUGGGACAAUGUGACCAACUCGAGUAUAGUUGACACUUUAUCCCGGGAUGCAGAGAGGGUCAAAGUAGCAGCAGCCGUCACCUUCAUGUCUGGAUUGCUCCAGAUUCUGCUUGGUCUAGUCCAGUUUGGUUUCGUGGUGACCUACCUGUCUGAGCCGCUGGUCCGAGGUUACACCACAGGAGCUGCCAUCCACGUCAUUGUGUCACAGCUCAAAUAUACCUUUGGCAUCAGCCCUGUGAGACACAGUGGAGCCUUCUCACUGAUAUUUACUGUGCUGGAGGUGUGUUAUCUCAUUCCACAGACAAACAUUGGGACUCUUGUGGUCAGUAUCGUCGCCAUUAUUGGCCUCAUUCUCGCUAAGGAGCUCAAUGCGUACUUGAGUAAAAAACUACCUGUUCCUAUACCUGUUGAGCUGCUUGGGGUCGUUAUCGCUACACUUGUCUCUUGGCAAGUUGACCUAAAGGAGAAAUAUGCAGUGGAUGUGGUGGGAGUUAUUCCAUCGGGCCUCCAGCCUCCUGUUCUCCCAGAUGUCUCUCUAUUUGGUCAGGUGAUUGGGGACGCCUUUGCUCUGUCUGUGGUUGGCUACGGUAUCGCCAUCUCAUUGGGACGAAUCUUCGCCCUUAAAUAUGGAUACAAGGUGGACAGUAACCAGGAACUAAUCGCCCUUGGUCUGAGUAACUCUGUCGGAGGAAUCUUCCAGUGUUUUGCCAUCAGCUGCUCCAUGUCUCGCACCAUGGUUCAGGAGAGCACAGGAGGGAAGACUCAGGUUGCUGGGGCUCUAUCAGCCAUAGUUAUCCUUUUCAUCACGCUCUGGAUUGGAGCUCUCUUUGAAGAUCUGCCCAAGGCAGUGCUGGCUGCAAUCAUCUAUGUCAACCUCCAUGGCAUGAUUAAGCAAUUCAUGGACAUCCCUGCACUGUGGAAGAGCAACAAAGUAGACAUGGUGAUUUGGGUUGUCACCUUUAUCCUCACUGUGCUGUUCAACCCUGACCUGGGACUGGCUGCUGCCAUCGGUUUCUCUAUGCUUACAGUCAUCUUCAGGACACAGCUGCCUAAAUACUCCCUAUUAGGGCAGGUCCAAGACACAGAUAUCUACAGGCCUCUGGAGGACUACAGUCAGGUGAAGCAGGUUCCAGGUGUUUUGAUCUUCCGUUCCUCUGCCACCCUCUACUUUGCCAAUGCUGAGAUGUACCAAGAUGCCCUAGGAGAGAAGUCUGGCAUUGACAUUACCAAGAUCCUGUCAGCGAAGAAGAAACUAGAGGCCAAAAGGAAGAGGCAUGAGCAGAAUCUUGCCAAGAAAGCCAAGAAAGCUGCCAAGAAGAACAAAAUAGACACGGAGGGGGAGCCGGAGAGGGAGGAGCAGAAGGAUAUAGCCACCAUUGAAGUGGAUGCUGAGCACGACCCCUCACUCCCCAGAGCCAUCAUCCUCGACCUCAGCCCUGUAAACUUCCUCGAUACUGUGGGAGUCAAGACACUGCGCGGUAUCGUCAGAGACUAUGGAGAAAUUGGCAUAAAGGUGGUUCUCGCUUGCUGCCAAACUGGUGUCGUGGACAACCUGCAGGCUGGAGGCUUCUUUAACGACAAAGUGACAAAGUCCUGUCUCUUCUCCUCCGUUCAUGAUGCCGCUCUACACUGUCAAUCUGCCAUAACAGACAGUCAUAAGUAUGAGGACAUCACCGCCACACAUUUCUAAAUCCUGAGAGUGAUGAUGGAAGAUAUUAUGAAGAAGUGACAGACGCUCUGUUGGUUUGAGGAUUGUAUCCGCUGAGCUUCAGAUAACUGGGACUCCAGUCUGUCACAAACACAGACACACACAAUCACGCUGUAACAAACAAAAUGCAGAUGACCAUAUCAACACAGCCAGAAACGAGAGAAUGCCAAUAAAUGACAUCAGACUAAUAAUAUGGAGCUUCAUAAUAUGUUGUGCUGUAGCAGAAUACAAAUCAAUGCAAUAACUCAUAUAAGCAAUAAUGUAGUAAACACAGACAUGCACACUUGCAGUUAAGAGAGAAAAAAAGGAUCAAAAUUGUUGAAGCAGAAUCAGAGACAUCUUCAUUUAUUUAUUUAAAGCGUUUUUCUUGCUUGCCAAAACCCGCCUACAUCCCCCACAAUGCAGCUCAACUAGAAUUGCUCAGCUGUACAAAGACAGGUAUAUUAUGCCAGUAGCAAGGUCUGUCCUAAACAACACUGACUCAUGUGACAUCACUUCAGGCAAUUUAUCAGAUUUUGUACAGCUUCCUCUGAAGCAGCAAAAAGGCUUUAUGCAACUUUUUCUUUAACAUAUGCAGUUGUACCUGUAAACAACCUUUAAACAGACUUUGAUGUGUAAAAUCAGUUUUCCUUUAAAGCAUUUUAAUACGUUUCUGUUUAUUCACUAA